GUGCAGAGAUUUGAGGCAGUCCUGCUGUUCAGUUCACAUUAUCAUCAACAAGGCCUUUCUCAUUUUAUCUUUUUUUCCUUCAUUCCAAUUCCCAGUCAUGUUCCUUCCCUCUUCCUUCAGUAGCCACUCUAAUGUGUUUGAUACAUGUCCUUGGAUAGACAUGUAUCUUUGAAUAAUAUAUAGUAUUGUUUUGUAUAUGUAUGUGUUUUAAAUGUACAUAUUUGAUAUUAUGUUAUAGAAAUCAUUGUUUCUAUUUCAUGUUUCUGUAAAUACUUCUAUUGCAUAGUAUUGUCUUAAAUGACCUCACACCCUUGGCCACUGGUCCUGGGCCUAGAUGGGCCAAUCAGCGUCCCUACCCAGAAUUUUUUUAACUGAAACUAAGAAAAAAAAGAAAAUCCCUCUCCAGUUUGGAAGCCGUAAAAUGUAAAACACAGGAGCUGUCAGCAGCCAUGUGUCCUGCCAUACCGAACCAGCUGGUCUGCAGUGAAAAGAAUGAAGCCGACAUGCAGAAAGCAGCAGAGAACCAUGUGUGAUCAGUACUGCAUCUCCUUUGCUGAUGUUGAAAAAGCACAUAUCAACAUUCGAAAUUUUAUCCACCUCACACCAGUGCUAACAAGCUCCAUUUUGAAUCAAGUAACAGGGCGUAAUCUUUUCUUCAAAUGUGAACUCUUCCAGAAAACUGGAUCUUUUAAGAUUCGUGGUGCCCUUAAUGCAAUCAGAGGCUUGAUUUCUGCCACUUCAGAAGAGAAGCCCAAAGCUGUUGUUACUCACAGCAGUGGAAACCAUGGCCAGGCUCUCUCCUAUGCUGCCAAAUUGCAAGGGAUUCCUGCUUAUAUUGUAGUGCCCGAAACAGCUCCCAACUGUAAAAAAUUGGCGAUACAAGGCUAUGGAGCCUCUAUAGUAUACAGUGAACAGAGCGACGAGUCCAGAGAAAAUGUUACAAAAAGAAUUGUGGAAGAAACAAAAGGCAUCAUGGUACAUCCCAACCAGGAGCCUGCAGUGAUAGCUGGGCAAGGGACAAUUGCCAUGGAAGUCCUAAACCAGGUUCCCUUGGUAGAUGCACUGGUGGUACCUGUAGGAGGAGGAGGAAUGGUUGCUGGAAUAGCAAUUACAGUUAAGGCUCUGAGACCUAGUGUCAAGGUAUAUGCUGCUGAACCCUUGAAUGCAAAUGACUGCUACCAGUCCAAACUGAAAGGGGAACUGACCCCCAAUCCCUAUCCUCCAGAAACCAUAGCAGAUGGUGUCAGAUCCAGCAUUGGCUUAAACACCUGGCCUAUUAUAAGGGACCUCGUGGAUGACGUCUUCACUGUCACAGAGGAUGAAAUUAAGUAUGCAACCCAGCUGGUGUGGGAGAGGAUGAAAUUGCUUAUUGAACCUACAGCUGGUGUUGGAGUGGCCGCUGUGCUGUCUCAGCAUUUUCAAACAGUUUCCGCAGAAGUAAAGAACAUUUGUAUUGUGCUCAGUGGUGGAAAUGUAGACUUAACUUCCCUAACUUGGGUGAAGCAGGCUGAAAAGCCAGCUCUUUAGCAAUCUGUUUCUGUUUAAUAUGUGCAAAAGGAAGAAAAGGGAUUCAGUGUCUAGACACUUGGAAAUUUUGUCUCCUGGUCAUUGUCAACUUCCUAUCUUCCCCUCUUAAAGAGCUUUCAAAAUCCUAAUAGAGAAUGUAUAUUUCAGUAA